AUGUACAAGCAAAUCUUUAUCACUCUUCUUUUAUUGGCGUCAUUGUUCUCAGCCAAUGCUAUUCCAGCACGAAACGCUCUCGGGAAUAUUGCUAAACGAAAUGGAAAUGAAAGUGACAACGACGACAACAAGAUUAUCGGAAAGUCUGAAUUUAGAACUGGUUCAAACGGAUUCGAAGCCACUUUCACACUUGUACAAUUGCCUUCUGCUGAUGGAGAUAAUGAUAGUGAUGAUCACCAGGUCUUUGUGACGUCUCUUAUAGUUCUUGACCAAAGCCUCCGUGUUGAGGUUAGAGAAUGUGGCAGCAAUGAUGGUGACAAUGAUAGUGAUGACGUGAACGGGGAGGUUUUGUUCGAUCUCACUCCGUUCGUAAAAUCUGGGACGGAAUGGUCCACGGUGUUAAAUAACGCUGAUGUUAACAAGCUAUUUGGUAAAUGCGUCGUCAUAUCUAAUGGCGACAAGAGAGGACUCCCAACGCAGUCAAUCAUCCGCCAUGCUCCUUAA